AUGGUUGUCCAUGAGGAAGGAAUUGAGUUCAAGAUUGGGUUUUUGGGUAUUGAUAGCUGUUAUAUCGACAGAGAUCCUUAUGAGAUGAAAUUGAAUUGGUUUCAUUGUUAUGUUUCAAACCCAGUGCUUGAUCUAGCUGAUCCACAGAAUCCAGCUGAAAAGCGAUCGUCUCUGCGGAAUGACAAACAAAGUAGCAUUGCAAAGAACAAGAGCAGCAAAGUCACACUGCAAGAUAUUCAAGUUGUCCAGAAUUUGAUUGAAAGGUGUCUGCAGUUGUAUAUGAGCAGAGAUGAAGUUGUCAAUACCCUCUUAGACCGUGCAAGGAUUGAGCCUGAGUUUACAAACUUGGUAUGGCAGAAACUGGAAGAAGAAAAUGCAAAAUUUUUCAAGGCCUACCACUUAAGGCUGAAGCUCAAAGAUCAAAUUGAAAUGUAUAACCAGUUGCUUGAGAAGCAAUACCAUCUGAUGAAACAGCAAGAGCGUGCGGAGUUUGAGAGAGCUCCUGUGCAGAAUGGUUAUCCCAAAAUCAAUUACAUGGGCAUAUCUGGUUGUCACGGAGUUAAUGGAAUACCUGCUCUAGGAAACUUCCACCAUAUCCAACAGAAGUGUGCGAAAGAAGGUCCAGCUGAUACAGUACCUUUCUUCCCCGCUGGUGAUAUGAAGUUAGUGGGGGAUUCAAGUCCUGUGGCAUCAAAUGGACAAUUUCCCUUCACUCCUGAAACAUCAGGGCUAGAUCUGGAUCUGGAUACACCAGCACUUGACUCUGCAUUUACUUCUGAUAUAGCAGACCUAGACCUAGAAAGGAUGCGUCUUGGAGUGGAUAGUCAAAACACAUGUCCUGAGUCACUUCAACCAUCAUGGGAUUUUGGCUUCUCUAACACCACUGAAUGGCCAAACUUUCAAGAUUUUGGACCAGUGGGAAACUGUUCAGGCUCAAAGUUUCAGCAUUCUGAGUUGGACAUUAACCUUGAUUCCGCAGAGCACAAUGACAUGGCUGAUGCCUUUCUUCUCGUUGACGGUCCACCUGGUCAAGGCACUCAACUGGAGGAAUCAAAGCCAAAGUGA